AUGUCCAACUUCAAGCAGGCGCCCCACAAGCUCCUCGUCAUCCCUGGCCCGAUCGAGGUCCAUGAUAGCGUUCUCCUUGCCAAUGCCACCCCCGGUACCUCGCACGUGUCGCCCGCGUUCGUCCCCGUGUUCGGCGACUGCAUUCGCAUGCUCCGCAAGGUCCUCUACGCCGAGAAGACUGGCCAGCCCUUCCUCAUUGCCGGCUCGGGCACCAUGGGCUGGGACGCUGCCGGCGCCAACCUGAUUGAGGCUGGCGACAACGCUAUUGUCGUCGACCACGGCUACUUUGGCGCCGCCUUUGCUGACUGCCUCGAGACCUACGGUGCCAAGGUGACCAAGAUCACCGCGCCCGUCGGCGGUAUUGUGUCUGACGAGGACCUCGUGGCUGCGCUCAAGAGCCAGAAGGUCAAGCUCAUCACCAUCACCCACGUCGACACCUCGACCGGUGUCCUCGCUCCCGCGGCCCACUACUCCAAGCUCAUCAAGGAGCACUCGCCCGACACGCUCAUUGCCCUCGACGCCGUGUGCUCUGUCGCCUCGGAGGAGAUCCGCUUCGACGACUGGGGCCUUGACAUUGUCAUCUCGGCCACCCAGAAGGGUCUCGGUGUCCCUCCCGGUCUCUCGGUCGUCAUGGCCUCUGCCCGCGCCCUCGAGACCCUCCAGAACCGCAAGACCCCCGUCCCCUCGUACUACAUCAACUGGAACCGCUGGCUGCCGAUCAUGCGCGCUUACGAGGAGGGCUCGGCCAAGUACUUUGCUACUCCCCCCGUCCAGCUCAUCUACGCGCUCCAGGUGGCCCUCAAGGCCAUCACUGAGGAGUCGCCGUCGCUCGAGGAGCGCUUUGCCCUCCACAAGAAGGUCUCGAACCACGUCAAGGACGAGCUUGCCAAGCUCGGCUGUGGCUUUGUUCCCCUCAGCCGCGACAUUGCUGCCAACGGCAUGAGCGCCGUCAAGUACCCCGAGGGCGUCUCGGCCGCCAUCCUCCCCAAGCUUGCCGCUCUCGACGUUGUGGUUGCCGGCGGUCUCCACAAGGACAUUGCCUCGACCUACUUCCGUGUCGGCCACAUGGGCGUCACCGUCACCGACGCUUCGCGCGGCGACAUCCAGAAGGUCCUCGACGCCGUCAAGACGGUCGUCACCGAGACCAAGAGCGCCUAG